AUGCUUCAACCAUCAACAACGUCAGCGUCUUCAGCAGAUAAAGAUGAAACUCGAACGACUGAACCCCUCUGCCAACUCCGUGUUAAAAUCUGUUCAGUACGUUUACCAUCAUCGACGAAACCUGUUGACAUCAAUGUCAUUAUGGAAGUUGAUAAUAAAUACACAUAUCGCACCGAGAUCAUACGUAAGAAAGGUAAAACGAGUACGACGUCGCCGAUUAUCACAAUAAAUGAGUCAUUUGAUGUACUCGUAACAUCAAAUUCGAAAAUCAAAUUGAAAAUACUCGCUCCGACACGUCUCUUUGGAAAUCAUGAUCUAGGCCAGUUGCAAUUCAAUAUCAAAUCGAUCAUUGAUGAAUAUCAUUCAUCGGAUCAAGUUAAUCAUGAAACAACACCAUCCUAUCGUGUUAAAUUACCAUUUGACAAUUCAACUGCAUCCACAUCUACCUUGCGCUCCAAUAACAUCAACAAUGCUUCGAUUGGAAUAGUAGAGCUCAUAUUUUACGGAUCUUUAUUAAAGCAAAAUAAUGAAAGCAGAACACAACAAGAUACCCAACAACAGUCACAUCCAACGUUAGAGAACAGUACAGAAAAUUCGAAUUCGAGUGAUACAAAUCGUCAGAUGGCUUCACCAGCAAUAAAUAACACCAACACACGCUCACGGCGACGCCCAGUCAAUAGCCAAACGAAUAGAACCGGAGCUGAAGCAGUAGCAGCAGCAGCAGCAGCGAUUGAUCUCCCGAACUCCGAUACUCAAACAAAUGCAACUGUCCAAUCAAGAACGACGUCAAACGAAGCGAACUUAGACCAAUUAAAACAACAACUACCUCCCGGCUGGGAACUUCGUUUUGAUAAUCAAAAUCGUCCCUAUUAUGUUGAUCAUAAUCGUCGUCGAACAACUUGGUUACUCGAACAACAAACGCUUCCACCUGGAUGGGAAGAGCGAGUUGAUCAGCGUGGACGUGUUUAUUACGUCGAUCAUAAUACUCGCACAACUACGUGGACGCCGCCAACAGCGACUCAUUUAUCUAAUGUUGCUCAAUGGCAAAAUCAAUAUGCGCGAAGUCAUUCAGUGUUUAAUCAAUUUGAACAUCGAUUUCUUCCUCAAUCGGAAACAAAUAGUGCUCAGGCAACGAACAGUUCGGAUUCAACUGGAAAUACUUUGCCAGAAGGUUGGCAAAUGAUGCAUGAUAAUCAAGGUCGAACAUAUUUUGUUAAUCAUAUAUCUAAAACAACUCAAUGGGAAGAUCCACGACGAAUGGAUAGUAAUAUAUUCGAUAUACCAUUGCCUAGCGGAUUCGAAAUACGCUAUACGAAAGAUGGGCAGGUCUAUUUUCUCGAUCAUAAUACGAAAUCUACCACAUUUCGGGAUCCAAGAGCAGGUCUAAUCUCGAGCCAUCAGGCAAAUGUUGCCACUCCGAAUUAUCAACGUAGUUUUCCAAACAAAAUCCGUCAAUUUCGUUAUCUAUGUUCGACUAAUGCUACACCAGGCCAACUGAAACUCACCAUACGUCGAGAUCAUCUAUUCAAUGAUUCAUUUACUCAUAUUAUGCAAUGUCAAUCGAAUGAACUUCGACGACGUUUAUAUCUUUCCUUCAAAGGUGAAGAAGGUUUAGAUUAUGGUGGUGUUGCACGCGAAUGGUUUUUCCGUCUGUCACACGAAGCAUUGAAUCCCAUGUACUGUUUAUUCGAAUAUGCAAAUAAAAGUAAUUACUAUCUCCAAAUCAAUCCUGCAUCAUCGAUUAAUCCAGAUCAUUUACAUUAUUUUCGAUUUAUCGGUCGUUUCACAGCAAUGUCAUUAUAUCAUGGGAAAUUUAUCGAUAAUGGUUUUAGUUUAGCAUUCUACAAACGCAUGCUUGGGAAAACAUUGACAAUCUAUGAUUUAGAAUCUGUCGAUCCGGAAUUCUAUAAAAGUUUACUAUGGAUACGAGAUAACAAUUUAGAUAACAACGAUAAUUUGGAAUUAUAUUUCAACACCUCGUUCGAUUUGCUCGGAAAGAUCGAAAAUAUUGAGUUGAAACCUGGAGGAAAUGACAUCAAACUAGCCGAAGAAAACAAAGCGGAAUAUAUCGAAUUGAUGAUUAAUUGGAGAUUUACACGUGGAGUUGAAGAACAAACACGAGCGUUUCUACAUGGUUUCAACGAGGUCGUUCCUCAACAAUGGAUUCAAAUAUUUGAUGAACGAGAAUUGGAGUUGAUCCUUUGUGGAAUAUCCAAGAUCGAUGUUCGCGACUGGGAACAAAACACAAUUUAUAAAAGUUAUACGGAAACUGCGAAACAGAUUCAAUGGUUUUGGCAAUUUGUACGUGAAAUAAGUGAUGAACAGCGUGCUCGAUUAUUACAAUUCGUCACGGGUACAUGCCGUGUCCCGAUUGGCGGAUUUUCUGAAUUGCUAGGAUCGAAUGGUCCACAAAAGUUCUGUAUAGAAAAAUAUGGCAAAGACAAUAUCUUACCUCGAUCACAUACAUGUUUCAAUCGAUUAGACCUUCCACCUUAUAAAAAAUAUGAAAUUUUGAAAGAGAAACUUCUUUUUGCUAUCGAAGAGUGUGAAGGCUUUGGUCAAGAAUAA